UUCAGUCGUGGAAUUAUUGUUUUUAGCUUGUCUCACCUUCGGAAUCUAUCAAAUACAAUCGUAUUGUUUUCUUUAUAAAGUUUAGGCUGGUUGCGUUCCGGCUGUCUACAUUCACUAGCCGGUGUCCACCGUGAAGGAGGGCGUUAGUCUGUGUGGUAUAACGGAGGGGGUUCACUAGUGAUGUGGGGGGCUAUCCUCGGGUAUGUAACAGGCUCAAUGAUUAAUGUCUUCAGCACGAACAACACGUUCAACAACUUCUUACUUCUGAAGAAAGAAUGAAAAUUCGUCAUGACGUCGCCGCAAAAGAAGAAAAAUCGAGACAAAAUCAAAUCCUUAUAUUUCCAUUUAAAAGUAGUGUAUUGUGUGCUGAUCCUUAAUUUUAUGGUGUACGGAGUCGGGGUAUGGCUAUGUUACAACGCCCUAAGGGCUGGACGGACCCUCGUGCAAGGCCCGUGUACGGGCCCCACUCGGAAUACGUCUACUUUUACGGACGAACUAGACAGUCUUAGGGAUGUAUAUAGUCGUAUAAGAAGAGGGUUUGCUGAUGAUUGGACUAGUAGCAAUUCUCUUGGUACUAAGAGUGCCGAUUUUGUGGAGUACUGUACAGCACUGUAUGAUCACUGUAACGUCAAGAACAAAGGUCAGCCUGGGCCACCAGGAGAGAAGGGUCACAGAGGUACCCCAGGACUUCUGGGCACAUCUGGUCCGAAAGGAGAGAGAGGAAUGGAUGGACGUCCGGGCACUAACGGAAUCCCGGGCAGAAACGGCAUGUCAGGAUUAAAAGGGGAUACGGGACAUCGAGGACCCAUGGGGCCAAUGGGGCCAAAAGGCGAAUCAGGCGUUCCAGGCCACAGGGGACCUACUGGUAAAACAGGACCCCCGGGAGUUCUGGGGCCAAGAGGAGAAAAGGGAGAGGACGGGGAACAAGGCCCGAUGGGCCUUCUGGGUUUCCCCGGAUACAAGGGGGACAGAGGCGACCCUGGCGUUAAAGGUCAAAAAGGAGAAUUAGGUCUUAAAGGUCAUUUAGGUCCCAUGGGGCCACCAGGACCAAGAGGCCCUCCAGGUGGUAAAGGAGAUGAAGGCAGAAGGGGAAGGAAAGGAAUACGAGGUACGCCUGGCAAGUCUGGGAUCAAAGGGAUGCACGGCAGUCCCGGAUUACCAGGAAAGAAUGGAGGAAAGGGAGAAAGAGGAGAGAGAGGUUUCCAGGGAAACGGUCGCAACUGCUCAUGUCCAAAAGGCGACAAAGGUGGCAAGGGCGUGAGAGGUUUGAUUGGUUUUACCGGAUACAAGGGUGAUAAAGGCGACCAUGGAAAGAAAGGAGAAAAAGGUUAUGGGGAGAGGGGGUUUCCCGGUUUUCAAGGUAUUCCGGGUCCCAAGGGAGGAAAAGGCGAUAAGGGCGACAAAGGAGAUGUAUUCUCUUCCGUAGCCAUGGACAACUGGCGUUUGGCUACUCCCGUGCCCUCUGUGACUCAUAGAGGAGAGAGAACUCCAUCCUCAACUAAAGCGAUUACGACGUCCGCGACCAAUACUCCGACCACGCCCACUACCACGACUACGCCCACAACAACUACGACCCCUACAACGACAACAACGCUACCGCCCACCUUGGCGCCCAGACGGCGAGAAUGCCGGAUAAAAAUGGUUGGGAUUCCCCUGCUUCUGCGUCACGCAGGACCUACAUCCGGGGCGUGGAUGACUGAUCAGUAUGAUUCGACAAAACGCUGGGUUACGAAUAACAAGUAUGCUAAAAUACUGUAUGAGUACCGAUCCGAGGCUACAUUUAAACAGAACCGAGUGGAUAACACGUACGAUCUCUCCUUCUUCCAUUACUACGGUUACGAUCACGUGAUUCGCAAUGGGUCGUUUUACUUUCAAUGGGCUGGGAGGAAUAUCGUAGUGAAAUACGACCUCAGAGAAGCCAUUGUUUCGAGUGCAGCGGAAAUAGAUGGCGCUUCACACAAUAACAGCAGAUACCUCUACAAAAAUGGGAAGUCAUAUUUUGACGUAGAGUAUGACGAGAACGGUCUAUGGGUAAUUUAUAGUAAAGUCGCAGAUGAAAAGAACAUAUAUAUCGUUAAGUUAAAUCCUAAUACAAUGGAGGAGAUACGAACAUGGACAAUCAACAUCGCUCCUGGCAGUUAUGGAAAUGGUAUUAUUGCCUGCGGCGUUCUGUAUCUCAUCCGAGAUACCGUUAACGUUCAGACAGUUAUUGACUUUGCUUACGACUUGUAUGAUGAUGAAAUUAUGCCGCUAAGUGAAAACAUAAUUUUUCGAAAUCCUUUCGGUGCAAAUAGCAUGGUGUCGUAUGUGCCAAACAUUCGUGAUCCUAAAAACAGUAGGAUCAACAGCUGGGAUAACGGAAGGCAAUUGUCCUUUCAACUUCUCUUUGCGUAAAAGAAGUUGGAGCAAUUCUUUUAUUGGAGUCAUAUGUCCGCCUAGAAAUGCUAUUGGUCAUUUCUAUACGUUAUAAAUAUACACAUGAAAAUGCUACUGUGCAUAUAAACACGCCACAGUUCCUCUUUGCUUGAAAGGGGAAAAUAUUGGAACUAUAUUUAUUUGUCAUUCAUUUGGAAACAAAAAUAAUCAGCAUGGAUAAAUAGCAAGCCAGCAAUCCUGAAAAGGAAAUAAGGCCAAACAUUUAUUUGUGAUCAUGCAUUCCAAAUUUCCAUCAUUUUUAUAGGAUAUGACGGUAAGGAAUAAUGAAAUAUAUAUACUUCAUAUGUAGAAAUAUACUUUGGCACAGGUCGCUCAAUGACUUUCGGUUUGCCGAAGACUAGAUCAUGUUUUUGUUUUACUCUAAAUUGUUUCUUAUAUGUCCUCCAUUUUAUGGUCAUUAUUUUCAUAUAAAAUAUAUAUGUACCUGUAUGAAAUGAUUGACUGAAAAUGAAUGUGGUAAACAUGAUAUAUUUAUUCCAAAGAACAAUUUUAUCUUCUGUAUGGGCUCUUAUUGAACACUUUAUCUGUAUAUGAAACUAAUGGCUAAAUUUACUGAAAAUAAUGUAUGCAUAUGAAUAAUUAUCUAAUAAUUGGAUUUUUUUCAUUUGAUUUAAAUAAGAAGUGAACUUCUUUUUUUCUGUAUUUGUAUAAUAGACAAAUAUAAUUUUCUUAUGAUUGGAAACAACUUCAUAAUAAGUAAUGGUAUUGUAUAUCAAAGUAUUUGUGGAUAGUUAAAAAAUGCAUGCAUCGUUUAUUGUGUCAAAAUUGGUUUUCAUGAUAAAAGUAAUACCAUUUUCAUUUAAAAGCUUAUAAGCUUAAACAUCUGAAAUCACAAAAUGAUUUUCAAUUGUUGAAUAUGGGCUCAUGUUUCAUUUUGAUUCGCAUAUCAUACUUUUAUUACGCGUCUUGUUGUUUUAUUGAUAGAUGAUUUCCCGGUAUGUAAUAAAUAUGUCAUAAACGAGUUACGUUUAAAUAAUAAGUCAAAAUUAACCACAAACAAAACAAAAGUCGUUGAUAGAGAAAGGUAAAUUUGCAUUGCUGAAUAUCAAUCGGGUAAAAUAUUUGAUAUUCAAUAAUUUUCAAAAUAGAAUGUGUUUAUAAAGUAGCCAUGCAUGGUUAAAAAUAAAACACGUUUCUAUCUGUAUUUAUUUUCUGAAUAAGUUUUCAAGGGAAUUUCUAUAUUUACCAUGUUUCAUAUCUGACAUUUUUUUUUUAUCUCUGAAAAUAUAGAAAAAAAAAAUUUAAGGAAGGGCUGUUUUGUUGAAUGGCACUUUGAAUGGUUGAAUGGAGAGACGGAUAAAUGGAUGUAUGGAUGAAAGGAUUGAUGGAUAAAUGGUAAUAUGAAGGUAGGUUAAAUGAUGAACGUAUGGAUAGGUGGGUGAGUGUAUGCAUGCAUACAUACACAUGUUAUGUAAUUGUAUGUGUGUGCAGUAUUCAGGUGUAUGAUAUAUGAGGAAAGUGUUGGUCUUCUGAUAUAAAUCCAUCCGAUAUUGCGUACAAGAAAUAUCUGACUAACUGCAAUGCACUACCGUGUAGGAUUAGUAAUGACCAAUUUCAAUUCGUGAGCAAAUUCUUUCAAAAGAACGAUGAGUAGGUUUCGACAUAGAAGCAAAAUAAGAAGAUACUGCUGAAAUUUCCAAUUCUAAUGAACAAACGGAAACAAAAUGAUAUUUACAAAUACAUCUAGAAAGUAAUAACUACCGACAUAACCUUGAUCAGUUGUAUUUCUUUUUUACAAAAAUCAGGUCAUAUGGAAGUAUGCAGCAGCUUGUACAGAUGUUUAGGUAUUUUUGUAGUAAGGUAUUCAGUUAGUUCAGACCGCUAAGAACGUCUUUUUCUGGCUGAGGAUAAAGCUUAUAUUUAAAUUGAAUGUAUAUGUGUUAAUUUAACUUUCCAUGAAAACCAAAUUGUUAAGAUGCUGUUACUAUUAAGGAGGUCAAUGUUCAUGAAAUGUUCAUUUUAUAUAAAUAUGACGGUUGGUUAGCAUUAAUGAUUUUUGUAUGUUACUUAUUUGUUUAAAGUAUUUUGAAACUAAACGCAAACUAUACAUGGUACUUGAUUAUUAGUAUCUUCUGAAAUAUCUUUUUAAAUACGAAUGCAUCAAAUUAUUAAUAUAUAUUAACUAGUAAAUAUUGAAGCUGCUUAAACUGGUGCAGGUUUACUAUCAAUUAGAUAAUUAUACAACUAUCUUUUCUACACGGACAGAUUUAGUAAAUUUGAAGUUUUACUGCAAAAAUUAAAUAUGAACUAGCAAUGUUGCCUUUAAACUUAAGUAGUAGUGACACAUAAACUGUGUUAUUAAAUGAACAUUGUUAUAAAAGUAUCAAGAGGUAUAUUUGUACUUAUCAUUAUCGAAAAACAAUUUUUGUGACAUUCAAGAAAAAAGAUCAACGGGUGUCCUCAAUAUGCAUAUCAUGAUGUAAUCCAAAAUUUAAAAAAAAAUAAACAAUACUUAUUAAAUUAGUAUUUGUUGCAAAAACAGUCCUUCAUAUGUUAUAUGGUCUCAUCCAGAAUAUCUGUUGUAAAUGGUCUUGAUUAAUUAGAAGCUUGCUUUGGUAAUAGUUUAUUUCAUACCAUGUGAAAAGUAUUUUAAUGUUAUCAUCAGAAUAUCUGUUUUAUAUGGUCUUGGCCAAUUAGAUGCUUAUUUUGAUAUUAUCUAUUUUAUAUCAUACAAUGUAAAUAGAGGUAUCAAAACAUUAUUUACUUACAUAGACAUGUUGAUGCCCGUCGUGUUAUGCAUACACAUUUUGCCAAUGCUCCCUCAUCUUAGAAAUGUAAGCAACGGUCACGAUCUAGAAAGAAAAACAAUCGGCUUACACUCUUGCGAUGUUUAAUUGUUAUUCUAGAGUAACCAUGACUACCUAUCUUAUAUCGUUAGGUAUGCGCAGAAAAUUCCGAUAAAUAUCAAAGUCACAGAAUACAAAUAAAAUAGGUACCAUCGAAUAGUUAUUGUUGUUUCUAGGAUCAAAGAUUACUCGCAAAUGUUACAUAUCCGGUAUACGUUAUACAUUUACAAGUUUAUUCCACUAUUGCAACCUUAAUUCUAAAAUAUCUCAUAAUCCGUAUUUAACUGCAAUCGGUUUGAUCACUUUAAUUAACCAGAUUUUUGUAUAAUUUUGGGCAUGAGUUUGAACUCUCCUACAUUCGGUAUUCACUAGAAACAAGUUUAUCUUUAGAGCUAAAAUACUUAAUGUGUGUCAUGUGCAAAUGAUAUUAAAUUUGUUGAUAGAAAAACACUUAUGAAGAUAGUAAAACGGUUUUCCUAGAUUAUAAAUUUGAAGGAAGACGCAUUUGGUUAAUGAUUUAAGUGGUAAUUAAAAAUAUUGUGGUAAUAAAAUAAAGGUGGCCUCCAAGGAAGUUAAAAAUAGGUGGUCCCUUAGGCAUCACGUUUAGACAGUUGUUAAAGAAAUACUUACAGAUAGGUGGUAACGAUUGCAAGGUGGUCUCUAUGGCAGGUAUAAUGUAAGAAAUGAUUGAUCAAGUAGCUCUAGACAUGUUUAACGCAUUAUUUAACGAACUAGUAGGAGAAGACAUGCGGAAAUAGAUUAAAGCUUCUUAGAUACAUUAAACUUGACAAAGGUAAAAGUAAAGAAAGUUCGUUUUAGAGUAGACAUGUAGUAAGACUAAAUAUGACCUAAGUGCGAAGGUGGCUUGGAGAUUCAUGAAUGUAUAAACAAUAGGAUCUUACUUAACGACAAAAAUAUGAUAAAAUAGAAAAGAACAAAUAAACCAAAUAUCAAAUUAUUUCGGAAAAUUUCACAGGCGAUAUCUAAGACAGGCGUGAGUAAGAGGAUUAUAAAAGUGUAGAAAGACAGACAAUUACUUAUAUAAGCACAUGUAGUUUAUAAGGCAGGUUAGAUGCGCUGAAUACUUGAAUAGGUAGAAACGAGGCUUAACUACAAACAUUGUCAUUUGUGGUGCAAUUUGAUACGAGAAAUUAUUACGUCGAUUGAUAUGAACAACUCAUAGCUAUAGAUAAUUGGUUUCCGUGGCAGUUUAGUUGUGGGAAAUUAUGACAUCGGUAGAUAUCGACAAAUCAUAGCUAUAGACAGGCGGGUUUUUAGGCAGGUUUGACAUGAUAAAUUAUCACAUCGGUAGAUAUCGACAAAUCGUAGCUAUAGACAGGCGUUUGUUUAGGUAGAAUGACUGUGCGAAAUUAUCACAUCGGUAGAUAUGGACAAAUUGCAACUGUAGACUUUUGAAAUUAUCACAUUGGUAUUCGGGACCAUUUGUUGCUAUAGACAAGCAGCGUUUGGGCAGGCUGAACGUGGGAAAGUAUGACAUUGGUAUUAUGGACCAAUUGUAGCUAUAGACAGGUGGUUUUUGGGCAUGUUGGACGUGGGCAAAUAUAACGAUGGUAUAAUGAACAAAUCCUAACUAAAGACAAGUUUCUUGUUUUUAAGAAGUGUUAUACAAACGAAAUGAUUGCAUCGAUAAAUAAAAACCGAAAAGAACUAUAGACUAAUUGUUUCUUAAAAUGAUUAGCCUUAAGAAACUAUUAAUUUGAUAGACAUAAAAAAAAA